CAAUGACGACAACAGUUAUCUAUAUCCAUCCCACGGUCAAUUGAUCAUUUUCACGAUACAUUUCCCUUCUAAAUUCUCACUAAUCAACCCCAAAUUGUCACCUUUCUCUUCCUCGUCUUCUCAUAAACCUUUUAUUGUCCAUCUCCGCUCGCCGGACCCACGUUGAGCACAAUGGUACUUCUUCCAUGACGGAGAAUCCCUGACAAGUGACGCCCGUCCCAGCUAACGCCGUUGUUUUCAGUCUGUGCCGGUAACAUACAAGCCUUCUCCCCUGGGCUAUGGCUCUUCACCUACUCGAAGCUCUCCAUUUCGUCGCGCCGAAUCUCCUGCUUCGCCCUCUCCCCUAAGACACACUACUCCCACAGGAUCACCGACAAAGGCAGGACCUUUCGGCUCGACUUCGCGCUUUGCUAGACCUACAACUCCCACAAGCACACAACCCAGUUGGACACCAAAGGCCAAGACUCCUGUUAGAGACGAGAUGAAUUCUUCGCCUUCGCGUAUGUCUCCAGUGGCCGUGGCCCCAAGGACUCCAGUAUCAAAGUCGCUUGGCAAUGGCAAUGCUCUAUCGCAACUGCAAGCAACCCAGGUCCGAACAUUGAGAGAUGCUUUCCAGAUCAUGGACCGAGAUUGCGAUGGUGUCGUAAACCGCGAGGAUGUUACUGAUAUGCUCAACCAGCUGGGCCUGCCUUCAAACCCAGCUGACGUAUCCAAGUUCUUUCCUCCAUCAGCACCCCAGACAAUCACUCUCGCAGUUUUCCUCAACUCGCUGGCCGACGCACUUGCAGCACUUUCACCAAGCGCCGAGCUGCUGUCUGCCUUCUCUGCCUUUGAUGACGACGAUAGCGGCCAGGUCGACUUGGUCGAGCUGCGAAAAGCACUUCUUGACACAGCACCCGAGCCUGGUGAGAAGGCUCUAACUGCCAGUGAAGUUGAUAAGAUCAUGAAUGGGUUCACUGGACGACGAGCUUUCAACCGCAACAUGAACGCUCACCUUGGUGCAAAAAGAGGCGAGGUGUUCAAGUACCAGGAAUUUGUUGGCUCUAUCAUGGGCUCCAAUAACGGUUCGGAUAACCAGUCUCAUGAUAAUGAGGAUGAUGAAGUUUUCGUGUAAAGAAUUCCUCCUCUGUAAUGACAAGCUUGCUCGGAAGCAACUCGUUCAGUUCGAGGCAGUCAGGUGUUGAUGCCGUCGAUAUCAACUCGCGUUUCCUCUAGCGUAGCUCUGAGGAUACCCAAGGGUACCAUAAGGUCUGUGGGACACAGAGGUUGGCAGGAGUCAGUGUAGCUAUUCCGGGUUUACUUUAUGUAACUAUAUGGCGGCUUUUGUAACGGAAAAGGGUGCUUGGCUGGAUGGGUAUGGUUUAUGGUUGGGAUAGCACUUGGUAACAACAUAGGGCAUCGAAUGAGAACACGAUUAAUUACUCAAUAUUGAGAUUUCUUAUUCCAAGAGUAUAGCAAUGGCCUUUUCCACUCUCAAACAAAUUCAAUGAGGACUCGGC